ACCGUAGCCUUCAGCACCUUCUUCGUCUAGGGUUAGGUUAAAGCAAGACCACCUCUCCGGGCUUCUAGAACCUUCCGGAAGGAGGGGCGCGAUGUGGCACGAGGCACGGCGGUCGGAGAAGAAGGUCCAUGAGCUCAUGGACGCCGCGCGCCGCCGGGCGCAGCGGCGCGCCGCCUACCUCGCCCGCCGCCGCGGCGACCCGCACCAGUCCCUCCAGGUCUCCGGCGCGCGCUGCCGCGUCCACCGCGACGACGCGCUCUACCAGGCCACCGAGGACCAGCAGGGAUUGAUACCAUGGAAUGGGAAACAAGAUGUUUUGAUUGACAGAUUUGAUGGCCGUGCACUACUGGAUUUCAUCCGUGACCCUAGCUCUCGGCCUUUUCGAGCUCAGGAAAAAUCUGAAGAAGAUGAAGAGUUAGAGGAAUUUGUUAAUUUUGAACGUUACCGGGACUUGAUUAAGCAUCGUCGCAGAGGAUUUUCUGACGAGGCAGGUUUGCAACAUGUUGCACAAGAGUUGGAAGCAAAAGCUAUUCUUCCUUUUAGCUUUGAGAAGCCUCAAUCCUCGCAGACUCCAGCUAGCAAAGGUUCCUAUUCGCAGGUUGGAUACUCAUAUAAAGGGGACGGAGAUGAAGAUUCUGAUGAUCUAGACAGUGACAAUGAAGAUGAAGAGGAAGAAGAUGAUGAUGGCAAGGACUUCAGUAGUGAUGAUAGCAGUGAUGAGCGAAUGGAAAAUUUAGCUAAGGAAUUUGGCGUGAAAAGAUAUAACUGGCUUGUUUACAUGGACAAAAAGGUUAAAGAAGAAGAGAAGCGGCAGAAGGAAAUUAUUAAAGGCGAUCCAUCCAUCAAAAAGUUGAGUCGACGAGAAAGAAGGAAGGCUUCUCAAUCUGAGAGGGAAAGAGAGAGGGAGGCAGUACGUUCUGUUGGAAGGCUAUCUUAUCAUGACCCUUAUAGGGAACAAAGGAGAAGCCCAUCAUAUGAAGCAUAUUCAAGGGGCAGAAGAUCAAGGUCACGAUCAAGAUCUCGUUCACCUUCAUAUUCUAGACGUCAUGCCCGUGGUUCACAUGCUGAAAGUAACCAUCGAAGCAAGGCGAAGCCUCCAAGAGUUGAAUACAUUACUGAAUUUGGAGGUUCAGAAGACACCAGUGACCUGAAAGUUACAGGGAUCUCUCCGCCUUCGUCUCCAAAACGAGUUGGCAUACCUAACCGGUCAUCAGGUGUCCAAAUUCUGGAGGCACUUCACAGUGAUCCUGCAUCUUCUUUGUCUGUGGAACAGGAAAAAAGUGCUAAAAUUUUGAAACCACCUAUCAGCGCACCAUCAGCACUAGCGAAACUAAAGGGCGCUUCUGGAGGAGUUGGUAAAACUCCCCAGGCUGAAAAGAAAGAAACACCACAAGAACGUCUUAAAAGGAUAAUGAGCAAACAGCUUAACAAGCAAAUUAAGAAAGAUACUGCUGCGGAGACUGCAAAGAAACGAGAACAGGAGCGACAAAGGCAGGAAAAACUUGCAGAAGUGGGCCGAUACAGGCACCGUAGCAGGAGUAGAAGUCUUAGUCGUUCUCCACCAAGAAAGCGACACUAUAGCAGAAGCCGUAGCAGGAGCAGGAGCCCAAGAAGACACCGUUCACCCUCGAGUUCGCCCUCUCGCUCUCCAAGGUACAGAAGCAGAUCAAGACACUAAAAGUAUCCCAGCCAGCUCCGUGGUUGUCUUCGGUGCUUGGUGCUUCUGUUUUAUUCACUUUGGCUUUAAAUUCAUGUACCGAUCAGCCAAGGCCAUGGAUCCCAACAUUGUUGGUAACGUGUAGAACUACUGUAUCUUUGGGAUUAUCAUAUUAUCAGCAAAUGGAAGGCCAUGUUAUGGUCUAAAGAGGAGGGUGGUCCGCUUGGCUGAAUUUUGUAUUACAUGGGAAGUACUGUUGACAGAUUAUGUACUACCAGUUGCAGUAGUGUAUUUGGCUCGGAGUGAAA